AUGGCCUCCCCUCCGAUAUCGUGCGAGCCAUCUGCUUCCUCUUUGGGUUCGGCUCCUUCCGGCGCUACUGCGUUGACCUUCUACGAACGCCGCGCAGCUCAGGCGCAAUUGAUGGAGCUUUGGGACGACGUAAUGGAAUGGCUCCGGUGGGCCCGUAGGGCCGUCUAUCUUCAGCUUACUGUCGAGGCCAACUCCCUGGUCGCACAGCGGAACGGACAUGAGUCCCCCGGCAAUCCGCCCUCCACCAUUGAGGCUUUGAACCGGCUGUCCGACACCAUAGCGGAGCGUGCUUUUGCAGUAGGGGCACCUUACCAGGCGUAUGCUGCCCAGCUUCGUGCUGACAUCGAGAACCGGGUCGGCCUCCGGGAUGAUCUGCGCACCGCGCGCUGGAACGAUGCUCCCCUGGUGCUUAACAAGGGUCCCUUUGAGAUGUGGUACAUUGGCCCUCACCCACUCAUCUCUCGGUCCCAAGCACGCGACUACGAUUUCCGCACUUCCGUGCAGGGACGAGUUCAUGGCAACGUCCCCCACAACCUUCUCAGCGCGUUCCGGGAUGAUCAGCCUGGCCCUUCCAUUCCCGCCGCGCCUCCUGUUCCCGUGGAGUCUCUUUACACCGCUCGAUUCUCACAGGCGGGCCAGGAUCACGACCCUACCGGUGGGCGGGAGGGGGUCGACAAGAUUGAGGAGGAUGAGGACAUGCCACUACCGGGUGGUGACGACCCGGAGUCCGAGGAGGAUGCGUAG